GAGGGAGUGCUGAUGACGACCAAGCUGCCUUCCAAGAUUUGGCAGAUACCACGGAAAGGAGUCGUUCCAGAUCAUGGCUUCGACUGUCAGUUCUGGAACACCACGCCCGCUGCCGCGGCUCUGCUGGACACAUCGCAGCGGGCAAUCCUUGAGGUGGCCUACGAAGCCCUACAAGCCCUGGGGACGCCCGUGGUUUCUGGUGGUCGCUUACAAGGCCUCGAGCUGAGGAGCAAGGAAGUCGGCGUGGCCGUGUGCGGAGGUUCGCUGAACCACUGGACGGAACAGCUGGGAAUCAACCUCGAGCACUCUCGGACACAGCGGCCCGACGAGUACUUCAAUCUCGAGGUGGGUACGGACAAGGAUUACCUGGCCACCAGCAUCGCGUACCGCUUUGACCUCGCCGGCCCCGCAGAGGUGGUUCAAACAGCUUGCAGCUCCGCUCUGGUUGCGAUCCGAAGAGGGGUGCAAAUGGUGAGGGCUGGAGAUUGCGAGAGUGUGGUUUCCGGCGGAGCCUCUUUCUCUCCAGACGCCCCCAUCAAGUACGUGGAUGGCCUCAUUUGGGCCCGGGACGGC